UACAGGUCCCAAGGGCUGAGGUAACCGCCUCCCUCCAAGGAGGUGGAGGCCAUCUUCAGCGACACACACACACACACAAACACACAACCGGGAGAUUUUUUUUUAAAAAAAGGAACAUUAUUCUUGAUUUGAGCGGCUUUCUGUGCGUGUGUGUGUUUUUUUUGAAAGAGGGGGCGGGGAGGCCGGUGUAACUUCCUUCUCUCCAAAGCGUGCGCGUUAGUGAGAGAGAGAGACACACAGAGAGAGAAAUAUUACCGUUGAUCUGCGCGUGAGACGAUCCCGGGCCGCCGGGGAGGGUCGGCGUCUCCACAACCGUGACGGUUUAACACCGAGAUCCAGUUCCUGGGAGAGAGAGAGAGAGAGAGAGAGAGGUGUAUUGAGGGGAAGAAGAAGAUGUCUUCUUUGGAGAAAGAGCUGCUCUUGAACAAAUUGCCUUCGCGACCGCCGAAGCCGACGGGUCCGCAGCCCGGAUCCAAAGCCAGAAUGGGGCCUGGAAGAAAACGUGACUUUUCCCCUGUGCCCUGGAGUCAGUAUUUUGAAACCAUGGAGAACAUCACAAUUGAAAAUGAAGAAGGCACAGAUUCUUUUCGAAUUUAUCAAAGUGGAUCAAGUGGGCCUGUGCUUCUGUUAUUACAUGGUGGAGGACAUUCAGCUCUCUCCUGGGCAGUUUUCAGUUCAAUGAUCACAAGUCGGAUUCAUUGUAGAAUUGUGGCAGUAGACCUUCGAGGUCAUGGUGAUACAGACGUCAAAGACAGUGAAAAUCUCUCUGCAGAAGCCAUGUCCAGAGAUAUUGGAAAUAUAGUUCAAUCACUGUAUGGUGCAAACCCACCACCAAUCAUGUUGAUUGGUCAUAGUAUGGGUGGAGCUAUAGCAGUUCACAUUGCAGCCAGCAUCCUCUUGCCAUCUCUGUUGGCCCUCUGUGUAAUCGAUGUAGUGGAAGGUACAGCAAUGGAUGCUUUAAACAGUAUGCAAACGUUUUUGCGAAGUCGACCAAAAUCAUUUGUAUCAGUUGAAAAUGCCAUAGAGUGGAGUGUGAAAAGUGGGCAGAUACGAAAUCUGGAAUCAGCAAAAGUAUCCAUGGCUGGGCAAAUAAAAAAAUGUGAAGGCAAAUAUUUCAUCAGUCCAACAGUUUCUUCCAUGACAAUUGAUAUACCUCUUGAAGAGGAGGAUGAAGAGGAGGAUGAGGAGGGACAGCACGUUGAAGUAAAACGAAAGGAAGAACCUCAACCCAGCAAAAGAAAGCAGAUCCCUGAGGUAUCUACAAAUUGUGUUUAUACGUGGCGUAUCGACCUCGCCAAAACUGAGAAAUAUUGGGAUGGUUGGUUCAGAGGACUAUCUAACCUCUUCCUCGGUUGCCCAAUCCCCAAAUUACUACUGUUAGCUGGUGUUGACAGACUGGAUCGAGAGCUCACCAUUGGACAGAUGCAAGGAAAGUUUCAGAUGCAAGUUCUUCCACAGUGUGGCCAUGCAGUGCAUGAAGAUGACCCAGACAAAGUAGCUGAAGCAAUUGCUGCAUUCUUGAUUCGUAAUAAGUUUACAGAAGCUAAGGGUGACAUUUAAUGCACUUUUCCUGGUUGUUAAUAGACCUGGGCAGCCUUCAAAUCCUUACUUUGACUGUAAAUAUGUUGCACCAGAGGCCACUGUGAUGUAUCCAUGUAUCGCCAUCUGCCUGAGCAGAGCAAUGCAGUGAAGCUGGGACUACAGAACUCCAAACACCUACUCCUCCGCAUUGUUGGCCUGCAUUCAUGUGUAGAACCUGACUGAUCUCACCAUUGUGGGCACUACAGAAUGGCCGAAUAGUGCAAUCUCAUUCAUAAUUUAAAAGAAAUUAAAUGAGAUCGAUUCAGGAAAAAGUAAUUAUUUUUUUCUCCCUUGCACAUGAUCUGUUAUAUAGCCUGGAAGUGUUUUCCUUUUGUACAUUUGUCCUCCAACGUAGUUGAGAUGUAUUGCAGAAAUGAACAAGUGUUUUGCUGGGAGGUGGGGAAAGGCAACAAUAAAGUUGAAGGUAAAAAUGGAAAAGUUAACACAAACGUACAGGAGAACCCAAACAAUGAUACCAAGCUGCCAGAUUUGAUGUAAUUUUAACCAGCAGAUUGCAAAUGUUCCUUAAUUUAUACAUAUACUGACCGCUCAACCAAAUCUGAAAUUGUUUUCCAAAUCUAUCUUAAGGAUCCACGUUUAUGGGCCUGAAUAACAGGGAGCCAAAUAUUUUCCACAUGUUCCCUGAUGCCAACAAAUGUUAUUUAUUUUUAGAAUAAGCUUUUAACCAAUCUGAAACUCUCAGUGUUUUUAAAAAUAACAAAACAGUAUUUUUGCCUCUGCAUCUUACAUCACAGCAUCUUCCACUGCAUUGACUUUCACUAUUGCAAACAAA